UCAUCUUCGUUGUCUGGCUUUUCAUUAGUUGCGCACCGUCGGGGAUCUCUGAUCUCUCUCAAGAUCGCUUCUACGCUACCGCAGAUCUCUCUCACACCCAAUCAUGACUCGAGGAAGUCAAAGAGAGCGUGACCGUGAAAGGGCUCUAGCUCGUACCGGAGGCAAAGGAAAGACCAAAGAUGAUGGAUUAACUCCAGAGCAACGCCGUGAAAGGGAUGCAAAAGCAUUGCAAGAGAAGGCAGCAAAGAAGGCUGCUCAAGCAGCAGCAGCAGCUUCUGGAGGAGGAGGCAAAGGAAACAAUAAUACUAAGAAAUGAUGAUCAGUCAAUGCCUCCAUAUGUCUGUAACUUCUUUCUUUUGAAUGUGAAAGUUUGGUGUCUGUGCUUCGUCGUUUGACUGGGAGUUUUAUAUCACUUGAGGGUGUACUUUGUUUAACCAAUGACUCAUCCAUUAUCAAUGAUUACAAAAGUACAUUUGUAUCCAAA